CUAGCAAAACGGUCCCUCAAAGUUUUCACAAUGGCCGAACCUAAAAUACCUUUCCAUUUUUCUAAAGGUGGUUUGUUUGUUGUCAUUUAUUGUAUUAUUAUAUUUAUUAAAUGAAUAUGUAUUUCAUCAUUUCUGUCUUUCUUUCGAUAUGUUUUGUAAAACAUGCUAAAUGAAAUAUAAUAAAAUAUAUAUGAAUCGGCUUAUUUGAUGAAAUUGCACUUUCUUGUUUCUUGUUCUUUGAGUUUGUAUCACUACGAUUACAAACUCCAAAUGUUUCAUCUAAAUGACAUGUAAUUUAAUGUAAUAUUUAUAUAUAUAUUCUUCGUUAUUGAUGCGAUAAGGUUUUCUGGUAGUGUCUGUGCCACAGAAUGAAUAAAUAAGCACCGGCCUGUUGCCGCGUGCUGUUCUUGCUCCAUGUGUCCACGGGGAGGCGCUGUUUCCCGCACUUUGCCGCCGCCGCCGCCUUGGAAACGCACCAGCGGAGAGCGUCACCGCUUCCUGGUGCUCACGUUGUUGAUGACGUCACAGGCGCAGAUGAUCCAGGGAGAAACUCGAGCUCGUCUCCGUAGUGUGUGUGGAGACCAGCAAAGAGCAGGCUGACACAAGAUAAUAAUAAUAAUUAAAAAACUUUCCUCUGGAUCGCAUCAGCCAUCGCAGCGUAUUCCUCUCAGUCAACAUGAGCCGAAGCGGAGCUCUUUUGUAAUUCUUCAGCACUGAGCGCAGUUUCCGGAAAUAUCGUUCCACUGUUUUUGGGUGAAGAUUUUGCUUUGCAUCUGCUGGGAUUUUUUUUUUCUUCUCUUUUUUUCCUCGCUGUUCCUGACGUGUUUGUUCGUGAUAAUUCACUCUCAUCCUCACUUCGUCCUGCAGCCACAGCUGCAACAUGGAGACACAUUGAUCACAAGGAUGAAAUCUUCGCUCGCAGAGAGAAGUUGAGCUCUGGGCUCGAGUUCAACGGGGCCACUUCCUGAUGAUGACAGUAAAUAUGAAUGACGGCCUCCAAAAUGGACCGGGACCGCACAGGAACUCGCAAGAUGACGAGGAGGCGCUCAACUCCAUCAUGAAGGACCUGGCGGCCCUGGGCCGCUGCUACACCCAGCCACACAGCCACAAGCCCAAGAACAGGAGCGUGCUGUACAAACAGGAUUUAAGAGUCAAGCUGGAGCAUGAGAGAGAAAAACGGAUCAUCCCGUUUCAGAGGCCGCUGAGGAUCAAGGAGCUCCUGCAGAAAGUGACCGAGGCCUUCGGCCAGCAGAUGGACAUGUUCUUCAUGGAAAAAGAGUUGACGCUGCCCCUGAAGACCCAGGAGGACCUGGAUCAGGCGGUGCUGACGCUGGGCUGCAGCUCGGGGACCAACGGGCUGCUCAGGAUUCUGCUAAAGACGUCUAAGAACAACCACUACCUGCAGGUGAGCAGCAGGGACAAGCAGAGCGAGAUGAGGUCAUCGCGGUCACUCGGAGAUCUGAAGGGCUCCCUGCUCAAGGGCUCGGAAAGGGUGCGCAAGCACUCGACAGGUUCCCUGCACACGGGGCGGACGUCCCCGCCUCCCGGCAGCGUCCCCGAGGAGCAGCAGCAGAUCGCUCGCCAGGGCUCCUACACCAGCAUCCACAGCGAGGGCGAGUUCAUCCCCGAGAACAUGCUGGAUCCCUUCGGGAGCGCAGACAACUCGCUGUCGAGCAGUUGUCAAUCAAUAGAUCAAGCGCUGGACAGUCCUCCCUUCUCGCAGAAUAACCGUGACAAUAAUUACCUGAACCUCAACUAUGAAUACAAAGGUCGCCAUGGGAAAGGGGGGACUUUCCCUCGCCAGUUCCAGUUGCCCAAUCGCAGCAAGGACUACGGAGACCGUCGCAGGACGCUCCCGCGUAGCUUCAUGCCGCAGGAGAACCUCUUCCAGCUGGUUCCUUCUAGUCGCACCCGCAGCUAUAACGGAGACAGCACGCUGCAGUACAGCGACCUGCGCUCGCUGGGCCGCACCGCCGACAAGAGCUGCCAGCGCGGCACCGCCAAGUCGCCGCGGGCGCCGAUCAACUGGCGACAGGGGAAGCUCCUGGGGCGCGGGGCGUUCGGGGAAGUCUACCUCUGCUACGACGUGGACACGGGCCGCGAGCUGGCCGCCAAGCAGGUGCCCUUCGAUACGGACUGCCGUGAAACCAGCAAGGAGGUGAAUGCGCUGGAGUGUGAGAUCCAGCUGCUGAAGAAUCUGCGUCAUGAGCGGAUUGUUCAGUACUACGGGUGCCUUCGGGACCCCGAACAGAAGAAGCUCACCAUUUUUGUGGAGUUUAUGCCCGGGGGCUCAAUAAAGGACCAGCUAAAAGCCUAUGGGGCCCUCACGGAGAAGGUAACGAGGAGAUACACCAGGCAGAUCCUCCAAGGAGUCUCCUACCUGCACAGCAACAUGAUUGUACACAGAGACAUCAAAGGUGCAAACAUCCUGAGAGACUCCUCGGGGAACGUGAAGCUGGGAGACUUUGGAGCCAGCAAACGAAUCCAGACCAUCUGCAUGUCUGGUACGGGAAUCAAGUCUGUCACUGGCACCCCCUACUGGAUGAGCCCGGAAGUGAUCAACGGGGAGGGCUACGGCCGCAAGGCUGAUGUAUGGAGCGUCGCCUGCACUGUCGUGGAAAUGUUGACUCAGAAACCUCCGUGGGCCGAGUACGAGGCCAUGGCGGCCAUUUUUAAGAUUGCCACCCAGCCUACGAAGCCCAUCCUUCCGGAGGGCGUGUCCGACGCCGGCAGGGACUUCCUGCGGGAGGUGUUUGUGGAGGAGAAGUGGCGGCCCACCGCCGACGCGCUGCUCAGCCACCCGUUCGUCCAAGGCAGCUUCUGAGGCCUGCCGACCCCCCCACCCCCCCACCCGCAGCUCGCCUCCCCUCCUCGCCUGCCCGCUCCAUCCCCAGGACACUCCGCCCACCCUCCCCACCCCCCCCCCCCCCCUCCAGCCUCUUCUCAUCAACAUCACUCGCAACUUCCUGUCCUGCCAUCUAUCGCCAGCGUCUGCCUUGUGAGGAGGCCGGCACCUCUCACCAGCUGCCUCAACCCGAGAUCACUCACCGAGAGGCCGGGGAGGCGGCUGCUGGACCUCCUGAGUCCUCCGAGGCGUGGCGGCGUUUCACCCCCCCCCCUCCCCCCGGAGGGGACUGAGGAGAAAGCACUUAGCAGUCUCACAGACUGCUGUCCUUUUUAAACGUGAGCACGGGGGGGGGUGGGGGGGGAGUGACGUGAGAGAGCGGUGACUCCUCAAGCUUUCCCGGCGCUUACACUCCUUCGCCGACGCAGAAAAGCGUCUUUCUUUAGCCGGGAUCGCGAGUGACUGGUUGACAGGGAUCACAUCCGACAGUGCUGCGAGUCAGUCAUCAGCCUCACUGAUCCGAUCGUCGAACCGAGAUGGUGAAUAUGUUUCUAUGACGUGCUAUAACACCUUUAAUUAAAGUCAUCUCGGGCCGAUGGCUUUUCUAUUAUCACCUAAAGAAAUGUAAACCUAUUGUUGUCAACGCCUUACAAUAAGAGUUUGUAAGUAAGAAUGUCUUCUUUUUUUUAAACAUCUUUGGAGGGUUACGUCACCCUAUUUUUAAGGCGCCCAGAACAGCCUUUAGAAGGAUUGCCAAUGUUGCACUUUUGAUAUCACGCAUUGAAACAUUUCCAACAUGCAGGAUAAUCAACCGAGAUAUUUUUCUAUAUGAAACAUUUUUUAUAUCAUUUCAUAAAGAAGAAUUGUGUAUAAAAGAAGAAAAAAAAAAAAAAAAAAGAACCAAAC